AUGAACAACUCCACUGAUCUUGGUCCGGCACAGCACAAGAAAAUUAUCAUUAGACUAGAUAAACAAUCCUGAUUGAUUAGUCACAAAUAAAGAAACCUCUUUGUUUCUCUCUCCCUACAGUAGAAUCAGAUAAAUUCUUUUUCCUGUCCAAGAAAAUGGCCCUAGAGUUAUGGGAAAACUUGAAAGACUCCAUCACAGCUUACACAGGUCUCUCACCUACAACAUUUUUUACAGCGGUUGCUUUAGCACUUGCUUUUUACUAUGUUGUCUCGGAAUUGUUUGGUUCAACUGAUCAUGGUCACCAGCAGAGGUCUAGAAAUUUUGAGGAACAGGUGCAGCCUCUGCCACCUCCAGUUCAGCUUGGAGAGAUUAGUGAAAAGGAGUUGAAGGAGUAUGAUGGGUCUGAUUCAAAGAAGCCUUUGUUGAUGGCUAUUAAGGGUCAGAUCUAUGAUGUUUCUCAGAGCAGAAUGUUCUAUGGACCUGGAGGACCUUAUGCACUUUUUGCUGGAAAGGAUGCUAGUAGAGCUCUCGCCAAGAUGUCCUUCGAGGAAAAAGAUCUCACCGGUGAUAUCUCUGGCCUUGGUCCAUUUGAGCUUGAGGCCUUGCAAGAUUGGGAGUAUAAAUUCAUGAGCAAGUAUGUCAAAGUUGGGACUGUCAAGCAGACAGUGCCAGUAAGUGACGGUGCAGCUAAUGGUGAAUCAGUUGAGUCAACUGAUCGUGAAGCUAAGCCAGCAGAAGGUGUUGCAUCAGAGAGCGCAAAGCCAUCAGAAGAUGGUCCAUCCGAAAGUGUUGCUGAAACUGUGGACAAGUCUGACGAUGAUGCUGAAAAGAAGGAUUAAUAAACAUACCAUUUUUAAUCAAGUAACAAGCUGAGCCCUCUGGGAACCAGUUUUUUUGUGGAGAUCCAAAAAAAAAGGCAUUGAAAAGAUGUGUGUAUUAUCUCGUGUUAGACGAUUGUUGUUGAUUCUAGAACAUAUACUCCUUAGUCUAGUUACUUUUAAGUCUAUGAUUUGAUGUAUGAAAUAAUGAAACAAGCAUUUUACUGUAUCAAUGGAGCUCAUACUAGACGACCACUCGCUAAUGUUCACCUGUAUGUCUGCAAGUGGUAGCAAUUCCCUUU